AAAAAGAAUUGAAAUAAAAUAGGUCAAACAUAACAUCAAGUAAUUGUUUUUUACAUGGAUACGUUAGAAAAUAUUCUUCACAGUACAUUUUCUUAUAUUUUUAUUCCGAGAGAACCAAACGAUGAGGUUAAAGUUCUCGAAUUCAGUGGAUUAGAGAAAAACUUUAGAGCAAAAUUACAAAAACAUUUUGCACAAGACUCUUUAUUAAAAUCAGAAAAAAAAAAACUUUCAAAACAGUUCAAUGAAAAAGUUCAAAAUAAAUUACCACAAGAUUAUAUAGAUCAUGCAGUUGAAACGUCACAAACGUAUCAAAUUAUCCCUUUAACGCUGCCAUCACAAAAAAAUAAUUACCAGGCCAUUAACCUUUAUAUUGAUAGCAUCAGUCGAAUAAAGAAUCUACCAUCCAACGCUCGAGCUUCUCGAAUCGCAGGAACAGACAUACGCGGUGACGCUUUCAUUUCUAGCACAACGGAUGACGAGAUUGUGUUCAAACGUACUGACUUUACUAUCAAGGAUUAUGAAAAUUUCUUGCAAAAUCCGCCUAGUUCAUCGAAUCGGUGGAAUCAAGCGGAAGCUUUAGCGGAAAUACAAAAAAAGGUGUCUUCAAAUGAAACGAUCACAUCACCUUCAAAAACUCCUGAAGUUCGUCAGUGUGAUUAUUGUCGUAGCACUAAGGACUUAAAAAGUUGUAGCAGAUGUAAAAAAGUCAUGUACUGCAGCCUUUUAUGUCAAAAAGAAGAUUGGUGUUUUCAUAAGCGUAUUUGCAUAAAUAGUUCGUAACUCGACGAUUGAAUAAGCGAGUGUAGUCAUUAAUUUAAUAAUACAUAAUCAAUGAUAUCCGUAACGUUGAUGUGCCCGAUGAACACAACAUUGGCGCUACAAUCUUGUCAUGCAAUAAAAAAUUUAAAAUGUUUUGAAUCAAUUGACUUAUGAUCAUUAAAAGUUUAAAAUACAAUGUGAAAAAAAUAUCGGAUCGUGCGGCUUAUUAGUCUAAAUUAGACAAUGUUUUUUUUUAUUAUCAAACAGUUUUUUACUCCAGUUAUACUUAUGGAAGUAUAUUUUUUUUUAUAAAUAUAAAAAAAGUGAAUUCUGUAAAAGUGUGAUAUAAUGGAUUUGUGAAGAUUAGAAGAUUACUUCAACGCGAACGUUGCAUGUGCCUGUAGAGAACCUUAAUUAAGCUGUCAGUACAUGUUGACCUCUGAUAAUAUGAUGUUAUAAUGUCAACGGUUUUCUAAAAAAAAAAGGAUUAACGUAAAGGAUAUGGCGACAUUAGCAGAUUCUUUUUUACAAGAUCUUGCCGAUUUAGAUGAUGAAAACGAUGACAACGGUUUCGAUGAUACGAUCAAGAGAGAUAAUAGGUUAAAAGGAAAUGGAACAGAAGAUGCUAGCUGUAGUGAAGAUGAUGAUGAAUCAAUACCAGAUGCCAUUGAGUUGUUUGAAAAGUCGAAAUUAUCUAUUGAUAGUUUCUUGUCAAAAAUAUCUUCACAACCGGAUUUCAUGGAAUCAAUGGAAAAAAUAAGAGAAAUGACAGAAAAGUAUCCUGGGGGGAUUCGAGACAAGAAUGAUUCAUUCAGUCGGGAAGAAUAUGAGCUUGUUGAAAAAGCAAACGAUUUAAUAGGAAAACUUGAUAUUGGCAUUCUGAAUGUUCAUAGCUUCAUUCGGGAUAUUUAUGCGAAAAAACUACCUGAAUUAGAGUCAAUUGUGUUUUCUCCCUUAGAAUACAUUGCAGUAGUGCAACGUAUAAAAAAUGAAACAGAUUUAACAGUUAUUGAACUGAGCGAUAUUUUACCUAGCACGGUUACAAUGGCAGUAACAGUAGCUGCUAGUAUGACAACCGGACAACCACUUCCUCUAUCAGAUCUUGAAAAAGUGUUAGUUGCUGCUGAGGAAGCUAUGAGUCUUGCUACUCAUAGGAAAGAUGUUUUAACUUUUUUAGAAACCCGUAUGGGUAUUUUAGCUCCAAACGUAUCUGCUAUUAUUGGUAGUGCUCUGACAGCUCGUUUAAUCACACAUGCAGGCGGCAUUGUUAGUUUAGCUAGAAUGCCCGCUCAAAAUAUUAUGUUAAUAGGUUCAUCUUCAGCAUCUAUGCGAACUGUUAGUGGUGCUGGGGUGGCAGGAACUUUUUCAUCGACGUCAACUGUUCGAAGUAUUAUUUAUGGUUGUGAUAUUAUUCAAUCGACUCCGCUUGCUACUCGUAACCGAGCGUUAAAAUUAGUUUCGGGAAAAAUCGGUUUAGCUGCUCGUGUUGAUUCGUUUCAUGAGUCACCUAACGGUGUUGUUGGUUGUGCAUUACGUGAGAAAAUUAUGCAAGCACUUGUCAAAGCUCAAGAACCUCCAGCAGCCCCGAUUAAAAAAUCGUUACCUAUUCCUGAUGAUGCUCCAAGAAGUCGCCGUGGUGGUAAGCGGCAUCGUCGAGCUAAAGAAAAAUACGGUUUAACGGAAAUACACAAAUUACAAAAUCGAGUUGUUUUCGGACCAGAGGCCGAAGAUGAAGUAGGUCAAGAUUAUGAUGGCGUCUCACUGGGUAUGAUUACAAAAAGUAUUGGACACACCAAGUUACGACUUCAAGCUAAACAACAAAAGAUUCAAGUUAAGCGAGAACGUCGUCAACACCGAUUAAGUUCUAGCGGUACACAAUCUGUAGGAGCUUUCUCAGCUACAGCCUCUUCUAAUGGUACUGGAGGAAUGUCUUCUUCCUUAGCUUUCACACCUUUACAAGGCAUCGAAUUAUGUAAUCCAGAAACGUUUACUAAAAGUUACUCGGAUCAAAAAGACAAAGGAUACUUUUCUUCUGCAGUGACUUUUUCAAAACAAAAUCUACUGGUUAAUGUUAAAACUAAAGAAGAACCUGCGUGAC